AUGGACUUGAAUUAUAAAAUUUUUACGAGCAUUUCGCAAACCUGGUGGACCGCCGGUCUUGUGCCUACUGCAUUCGGAUGGUUAACGGCGAGCGUCAAUAAAAAGAGCGUUGACAUCUAUAAUAAAAGCAGGAAGCCAAGAUUUCACCCACCCGCUUACCUUUUUGGCCCCGUUUGGACAGCUUUAUAUUUUGCUAUGGGUUAUGCCUCGCAUUUGGCUUACCGAGCGGAUCCCCUGCUGAUUACCAAUGCCGGUCGCAAAGGUGCGGCUUUGUAUCUAACCCAAUUGGCGCUUAAUGUUGCGUGGAUGCCACUCUUCUUGUACGGGAAACCAAAACUCGCCCUCGUCAACAUUGGAGCAUUGACGGGUAUGGUAGGCUGGCUGGUCAAGACAUGGUGGCCGAUCGCUCCAACUGCAUCCAAGAUACUUAUUCCUUACCUAGCUUGGUUGGGAUAUGCUGGUUAUUUGAAUUUUGGUCAUUGUCUGUUAAAUUAA